AUGAACGGUACUCCCCGCCUUCAGUCUGCUUUUCCGCAGACGCCUCAGACCCUCCCAAGGAACAGAAAGAAGCUGUUUGAAACACCUUCUCGGUCUCAGCCUUUUCGCGAUGGGCGCGAUACGCCUGCUGUGAGGUCGUCUGCCAAAUCACCCGCAAAGGUAUCGCCGCCGAAACCGCCCCAGAACACCAGCAACCCGCUCGUCCCGGUCAAUCUAAUCGAUGGCCCUUCACAACGGCUCUAUGUGGUGGCUUUCUACCUUGUGCUCAACCUAUGGCGUGUAUAUGAGUCUUGGACCGCAUCUGACGAGCUGGACUCGACUUGGUUAUUCUUGAAAUGGGUUACAUUCGAUGGAGUUUUCCUCUUUGGUCUUCAGGCCUUGCGCAUUCCCUGGCUAGAAUGGGCUUUCCCGACAACGCUGGCACUGCUUUUGCUGCAUGUCGUUGGUAAUGUCUUUCUGAUGUUCCGCAUUCCACUACCCAUUGGCGCAUGGUUUGCAGGUCUGGUCAAAGUCGCUUACGACCGCGAGCUUUCAAUUUCCGAACGAAAGGUCAAGCCGGGUGACAUCAUUCAUAAUGCUUCGUUGAUUCUGGGAAAACAAAUCGUGCACAUUUUGCCAGAAGGAUCUGCUGUUCUCAAUCCCGAGCGCGAGCCACUUUGUCUCGACUCCCAGAAGACCACCAUUGAUCUCCCCAUCCGCGUCAACCAAACUGACCCGAUUCUCAUCGAAAUCUUGCGACUUGAUCUCCACACAGGCGAGAACGAGACCCUCACAGUCCCAGCUAAACAGUUGAAACAACUCAAACGCCAGGCCGAGAAGAGACAUUCCACUGUGGACACAGUCCCCCACCGAGAUCUCCUCAUUCCCGUGCGCAAAACCGGUAUCUAUCGUCUCCAGAGAGUUGUAGAUAAAUCAGAGCUUGAUGUUCGCACGCGGAUAUCAGAUGCUUUGGUGGUAUCCUGUCCUCGGGCACUAAUCAAAAACUCCCAUACGAACAAAUGCAAGGGAGAGUUGUCGAAUCUGGUGCUCGAAGUUGAAGGCACGCCUCCACUGAAGAUCAAGUAUAGUCGACAGGUCAAUCAGCUCGAUCGUGGAUAUUCAUUCCAAAAUAUCCAGCCAGAUAAUCUACGAUCCCCAUUAUUGAGUCAAAGAUCGACCGGCGCUCUCUUCAGUAUCAAGCAGCCAGAUAUUUCAUGGGCUCAAAGCCAAAGAAUCGACGUCCCCCUGAACGAGUCUUUGAACGUUGGUGGAGAAUGGUUUUACGCCAUCGAGGAGGUCCACGAUGCCGCAGGCAAUGUUGCAAAUUACUCUACCCUCUUCGAGGAAGGUGAUCAACCAUCUUCUAAAUCACCUUCGCAAUGGCAUCAGUUCUCCAUUCACGAACGUCCGCGUGUGUCCUUGUCGGGCUGUGAUGAUCAGCGUCCUUUGGAGGUCGCCCAUGGAGACAGCGUCAAUCUGCCCCUCAACUUCCAAAAUGUUGGAAUUGGGUACGCUAAUGAUGGCCCAUUCACCGUGGCGUACUCUUUCCAUAAUUCCGAUCCUUCUCAAAGCCAGAGAGAUCCAGAUAGUGCCAAAAUCCUCGCGUUGAAGAAUCUGGAUCAGAAGUCGCCAAUUAAAGAAUCUGUCAAUACUGCCCGGGAGAGGUUCUCGAGCCCGCAUCUUGCUACUUGCUUAAUCCCCCCCGAGCCCGAAUUGUCCGUUAAGGCAGAGAAGGUGUUUGACCGAUGCGCUAACAAUGCCAUUGGUCUCCUCGUGGAUCUGGAUCUGACUGGAUCGCCGCCUUUCCGUCUUCGCUAUAGCAUCGAAAGCUCUGUUCAUCGGGGUGGUACAGUUACCAAAACUCAAAGGAUCGAUGGACUCCGAACCCAAUUGGACCUUACACCGUCAGAGGCAGGCUUUUAUAGAUACCGUUUCAUCGAUAUCGAGGAUUCUAUCUACUCCCCUCGCUCGCUCAGGGACAAAGUGCCUGUUCUCGAACAGGAUGUCAAGCCACCAGCCUCGGCGCACUUCCGUGGCCAAGGAAGCGUGAAGAAGGCAUGCUUCGGUGAAUCUGUCUCCGUGGAUGUAGCAUUCUUGGGCGAAGCUCCGUGGACUCUUCAAUACGAACUCCUCAACAAUGGCAAGAGAACGAAGCAUACACUGGAGUCUGAGACCGAGGUGGCCACUAUCACAACCGACAAGUUGGUAAAUGGCGGUGAAUAUGUUCUGGCAUUGACUAAUGUCAAGGACAAGUCAAAGUGCAAACGGACACUCAAGGAAAAUAUCAGAAUUGAUGCCCGGUCGAAGCCUCCACAUGCUGCGUUUGGUCAAAUUGAAAAGCAGAGGAGCAUCACUGCUCUGCAAGGCUCGAAGAUCAACAUCCCAUUGAGACUUAGCGGUGAAAAGCCGUGGACAGUGAAAUACCGGAAUACCAAUUCCGGCGAUUCAAUUCUGGACCAAGUCUUCUGGGACAGCAACGCUCUUCUCUCCGUCAAAAAUGACGGUGUUUAUGAGCUUGUGGAGGUCUUUGAUAAGUCGUGCCCCGGCUCGGUGGAUCAGUCCGCUAAUAAUUUUGACGUGUCUUGGAUCCCGCGACCACGAAUUACCGCUGUGGAUAGUUCGCCCGUUGCGAACCAGUAUGUGAAGCCGGAGGUCUGCCAAGGUGAUGAUGACAGCCUCGAGCUACGCCUCUCCGGUAAUCCUCCAUUUGCCCUUCAGUAUGAACAGCGACGCAAAACAGACCGCGGGUCAUCAUCUGUUCGCUCCCGCAAUUUGAAUACAGCUCUAAACGUAGUCUCGAUGGAGAUGGAUACCUCCGAGCCCGGCUCAUACAGCUACAAAUUUGCCAAGGUCGGUGACAACCUUUACGAUCAUGAUUCAAAGCAAGAUAUCCUCGAGGUUACCCAGCGAGUGAACACACUACCAUCCGCCAAGUUUGACUCUCCUGGACACAUCUAUGGAUUCUGUAAAGAAGACGCAACCGGCGAAGAGACAAUUCCAAUCACAUUGGAAGGCCUACCUCCAUUUUCCUUGGAGAUCACAAUCAAACACCACUCAAACGCCAAGCCAGAGAUUGUCACCAUUCCGAAGAUUCCCUCGCACCGCCACAACCUCCCCAUCCCUCGACGUCACCUGGACCUUGGCCAACAUGUCGUCAGCAUCCACAAAGUCCGCGACUCCCGGGGUUGCCAACGCACCACUGAAUUUGAUACUUCAAAUGUCCGCGUGGCCGUCUCAGAUGUGCCGACCAUCAUCCCGCUCGAGUCCAAGGUUGACUACUGUGUCGGUGAGCGACUUUCGUUCGCUCUAUCCGGACACGCACCCUUUGAAGUGUUCUACACUUUCAAUGGUGCGCAGCGCAAAGCUACCUCACACAAUACGGACUUCCGUCGUAUAGCUGAACGCGCUGGUGACUUUACCAUCACUGCUGUCGGUGACGGGGCCAGUGGCAAGUGCAAAGCACACAAGGACAUCACCAAGACCAUUCACGAGAUGCCAAGCGUGCGCAUCAGCAAGGGCCAGCUCUCUGUUGUGGAUAUCCAUGAAGGUGGAGAAGCUGAGCUUCACUUUGAGUUCUGGGGAACGCCGCCAUUUGAAUUCACUUAUAUUCGAAGCUCCAACGCUCGCAAGGGAAAGAAGUCCGAGAUCCUCGAUAUCAAGCACGACAUUUCCUACGAGAAUAUCAAGACUGUCAAAACCUCCGACGAGGGAACUUAUGAAGUCGUCGCAAUUAAGGAUAAGUUCUGUUCCUUCUCCUCGCAGGUCCCGACGGGUAAAUCGGAUCGGGGAUGA